CACCGAGCCCCUCGCCGCUCUCUCGGCUGCUGCGCCUUGGGACGAGCACCCAACGAGGCAAACAGGCCAUUCCUCCUAGAUCCACUCGCCCACGACCACCACUCGCCUCGCUCUCGCUGUCGCCGUGCUGAGCUCUGAGCUCUGAGCUGAGCUGCUUGGUGGGUGGGUUGGUUUGGUUGGUCGCGUAGGUGCGCAAUGCGGUGAGAGGGUGGGUAGGGGGGAGGGGAGAGGUGAGGUCGCGAGAGGGGAUUAUGGGGUGCGCGCAGUCGCGGAUCGAGAACGAGGAGGCGGUGGCGCGAUGCAAGGAGCGGAGGCAGUGGAUGAAGUCGGCCGUGCAGGCGCGGAACGCGUUCGCGGCGGCGCACUCGGCGUACGCCAUGUCGCUGCGGGACACGGGCGCCGCGCUCUCCGAGUUCGCGCACGGGGAGGGCGUGCCGCCGCCGCCGCCGCCGCCCCAACCGACGACGACGACGGCGGCGGGGGCCGCGGGGGAGGAGGCGCGCCCCGUGGGCGGCGGCGCCACCGCGGCGGACCGGCUCGCGGCCGGCGGCGGGAUGGGCGUGCCGGGGGUCUCGCCGACGUCGGCCGCGGUCGACGCGAUGAUGAUGCCGCCGCCGCCACCCAUCGACACGCUGCCGCCGCCCCCGCCGCCGCUCCCGGAGUUCUCGCCGUCGCCCGCGAAGAUCCACCGGUCCAAGAGCAUGCCCCUGCCCCCGCAGACCAAGGGCCCCGCGGUGCUCCACAGCGACUCGAUUAGGGAGGAUGACGAGGAGGAGGCGGAGAUAGAGGAGGAAGAGGACGAGGACGAGCAUCUCGAUGACCGGCGGCGGAGGCUGCGUCACCGGCCGCAGGUACCGCCGCUCGUGUCUUCGCCCGCACCGGGAACGCCGGUGACGCCUCAGCCGCCGCCGCCGCCGCCGCCGCCUCCACCGGACUCGAAGCCCGGAGUUGACACGUGGGACUAUUUCUUCUCCAUGGACGAGGGGAUGGCCUCCAUUGCCCCCGACGACGACGAGAUCAUCCAGGAGCCAGAAGACGAGAAGUAUGUCCCUGCCUCGCCGCCGCGCCCUCCCCUUUCCCCUCCUACCCCGGUAGCAGCGCCGGCGCCACAGGAGGAGUUUGAGGAAGAGCCACGGACGCCGGAGAUGGUCACGCCGCCGCCAUCGCUCCCGCCAAGGCCGCCUGCGGUGUCGUCCAAGAAGAAGAAGGGGAAGGGGAAGCAUAGGGCGGCGCACCACCAGCACACGGAGUCGGCGCCGCCGGUCACAUUAGUCGGCGGCGGCGGGGGAAAGGCCGGGAAGGUGGUCCCCGUCGAGUUGCCGCGCAUCGAUCUUCUGCGGGUGCUCGCCGAGAUCGACGACAGGUUCCUCAAGGCGUCGGAGAGCGCCGGGGAGGUGUCCAAGGUUCUGGAGGCCAACAGGAUGCAUUACCACUCCAAUUUCGUUGACACCCGAGGGCACAUCGAUCAUUCUGCUAGAGUCAUGAAAAUCAUAACAUGGAAUAGAUCCUUCAGAGCCAUGCAAAAUGGAGAUGAUGGGAAGGACGACUUUGAAAAUGAUGAAUGGGAGACUUUGGCAACUGUCAUAGAUAAAAUUUUAGCCUGGGAGAAAAAGCUCUAUGACGAAGUGAAGGCUGGGGAGCUUAUGAAACUUGAAUAUCAAAGGAAGGUUGCUUUGUUAAAUAGACAAAAGAAACACAAUGCUGCCACUGAGGUUCUGGAGAAGACUAAAGCUGCUGUAACCCAUUUACACACAAGAUACAUAGUUGAUAUGCAAUCAAUGGAUUCAACUGUGUCAGAAAUUCAACAUCUCCGUGAUAAUCAACUUUAUCCAAGACUUUUGGAUCUUGCUGACAGGAUGGCAAAAAUGUGGGAGGACAUGCACCUGCACCAUGAAAACCAGCUGAAAACUGUGUUAAAUCUGAAGUCAGUUGACAUUUCUGAUUCCCAUAUUGAAACAAGUGAUCAUCACCACAGCCACACACGCCAGCUGCGUGAUAUUGUUGAAAAGUGGACCACAAAUUUUAGCGAUCUCAUGAGUUAUCAAAAGGAGUACAUAAAUGCUCUAUAUAGCUGGCUGAAACUGAACCUUAUACCCAUAGAGAGCAGCUUAAAGGAGAAAGUAGCAUCUCCACCCAGGGUGCAGCAACCUCCUGUUAAAGCCCUCCUCCAAGCGUGGAAUGAACAUCUAACCAAGCUGCCUGAUGAUCUUGCCAAGACUGCCAUUGUCAGUUUUAGGGCAGUCCUGGACACCAUAUUAAGUGUUCAAGAUGAAGAGUUGAAACAAAAGGAGACUUGUGAACACACUCGCAAGGAAUACAUGCGGAAGGCUCGGGCUUUUGAGGAUUGGUAUCACAAGCACGCACAGCGCAGGGCGUUCGACGUUGAUCCAGAGAGUGGCGAGGGGACAAGCCAAAAGGACACAGUUGCGGAGAAGAGAUUUGCCGUGGAGAGCUUGAAGAACAAGCUGGACGACGAGGUCGAAGCCCACAACAAGCUGUCGAAGCAAGUCAGGGAGAAGUCCCUUUCGAUCCUGAAAGCGCACCUGCCUGAGUUGUUCCGUGCCCUCACCGACUUCUCUCUUGCUUCUUUCGAGAUGUACUCGAAGAUGAGGUUGAUGUCACUCAUGCAGGAUCAGGGUAACAACUAGCUGAAGAGCAUGUACAGGAGUUAGGAUGCUAGCGAAAAUUCUAUCAACUGUUGUAACGGUUAUGUUGUUUCCCUCCCCUUUUUUUGCGGUAUGUGUAGCUCUUCAGACGAGAACUGGGUGAGUGAGGUGGUCUGUCUAUUGAAAUUUGUUGAGGUAGUUUGGCAUGGGUUCCUGGAAUCUGCAGCCUUUGUCUCUGGCAAAUGGCAAUUCUUUUU